AGAGGGGCUGUCCGUGCGCGCUGGCUUGGGAACUGGGUCGCGGGAGAGGGCGCUGCCAAUGCCCGCUACCAUCGGGCGGGUCCUGAGCGAGAAGAUGGGGUCAGAUCUGCAAGACGGGCAGUUCUCUUCUCACGAUUAUAGCCAUCUCGCACUGCACCGACCUAGCCACUGUUCAGAUUCGAAGGGGCUCCGUGGUUGUGUGCCAACCCUCCCGUUGUUUACAGGAGCAAAACGUUUGUUGUUUUUUCACACGGUGCGUUGCUCACGGUGAUGAGUGAUGUAAUGACUGUUGCCAGUGUGUGUUAUUGAUCCCGUUCCGUUAUCUGUCCCGACGACCGUUUAGAUCAUUGCGGAAUGUUUACAUCAAGAUGUAUUUCCCAACACAGAUGUAUUUCCCGUUUCUAACGGAUUAUCCCUCAGGCUCCCAUCAAUGCCAUAUGAUUCUAUAUAGAUGUACAAUGUUUUGGGGAGUGCAUGCUGUGAAGAAAGUAAAGUUUACAGUCAAAAGGAUGGGUUGAACAGAACACCAGUGCUGCCAUUGACUGGCAGGACUCCAACAACCCUCUCUGUCUAAGGAUGCUGUUCUGUAGAGAGAAAUACAAAUCGGAGAGAAAUGGAACUGUUCUCCAACAGAUAGUUACCGACUGUAGACUAGGUAGUGGGGAAUAUAUCUGUCAUGUUUCUGGUGCACCUGACCCGAUGGCCUUAGCAGGUGAUCUGAAGAGCAGUCUGUCAGAGGUCAGAGGUGAUGGAUAACCUGCCUGUCUUUGUAGUGGCUGUAUAUAUGUGUGCGUGUGUGAACCUGUCUAUCUCAACUGGGUCUGUCUCCUCUCUGGCAGCAUAAGCUGAAGUCGUCUCAAAAGGACAAGGUUCGUCAGUUCAUGACCUUUACUCAGUCUGGGGAGAGGACAGCUGUGUACUGCCUGACCCAGAAUGACUGGAAACUAGAGGUGGCCACAGACAACUACUUCCAGAACCCCGACCUCUACUAUAAAGAAUCCAUGAAAACCUCUGUGGACCGCAAGAAGCUAGAACAGCUCUACAACCGAUACAAAGGUAAGAGGAAGAGGGGAGGGGAGAGGGAGGGUGUAGUGGUGAGAGGGGAGAGGGAGGGUGUAGUGGUGAGAGGGGAGAGGGAGGGUGUAGAGGGGGAGAGGGAGGGUGUAGAGGGGAGGGGGAGAGGGGGUGUAGUGGUGUAGAGGGGGAGGGAGGGUGUAGUGGUUGAGAGGGGAGAGGGAGGGUGUAGUGGUGAGAGGGGAGAGGGAGGGUGUAGUGGGGAGAGGGAGGGUGUUGUGGGGAGGAGGGGAGAGGGAGGGUUGUAGUGGUGAGAGGGGGGAGGGUGAUGGGAGAGGAGGAGGGAGGGGAGGGUUGUAGUGGUGAGAGGGGAGGAGAGGAGGGGGGGGGUAGUGUAGUGGUGAGAGGAGGAGGACGGGGGUGUAGUGGUGAGGGGGGAGAGGGGGAUGGGAGGGGAGGGGGUGGGUUAGUGGUGAGAGGAGGAGAGGGGGUGUUGUAGUGGUGAGGGGGAGGGGUGAGAGGGGGGUAGGGGUUGAGUGGUGAGGGGAGGGAGAGGGGUGUAGUGGUGAGAGGAGGAGAGGGGGGGUAGUGGGUGAGAGGGAGGAGAGGGGGGGUUUGUGUGUAGUGGUGAGAGGGGGAGGGGAUGGGUGAGGAGGGGGAGGAGGGUGUUGGUAGGGUGGGAGAGGGGAUGGGAGAGGGGGUUGUAGUGGUGAGAGGAGGAGAGGGGGUGUAGUGGUGAGAGGAGAGGGGAUGGGAGAGGGGGGUGUGGGAGGGAGAGGAGGGAGGGGUGGUAGGGGGGGGGGUGUAGUGGUGAGAGGAGGAGAGGGGGGUGUUGGUAGGGUGAGGGGGAGAGGGGAGGAUGGAGAGGGGGGUGUGUAGUGGUGAGAGGAGAGGAGAGGGGGGUGUAGUGGUGAGAGGAGGAGAGGGGGGUGGUGCGUGUGUGUGAGAGGAGGAGAGGGGGUUGUAGUGGUGAGAGGAGAGGGGUGGUGGGAGGGGGUGUAGUGGUGAGAGGAGGAGAGGGGAGGGAGAGAGGAGAGGGUUAUGUGAGGAGGGGUGGGUGAGAGGAGGAGAUGGGGUGUAGUGGUGAGAGGAAGAGGGGAGGGGAGAGGGGGUGUAGUGGGGAAAAGGGGAUGGGAGGGAGGAGAGGGGUUGUAGUGGGGAGAAGGGAUGGGAGAGGAGGAGAGGGGGUGUAGUGGUGAGAGGAAGAGGGGAGGGGAGGUGGAGAGGUGUGUGUGUGUUAGGAUUAGGUGUGUACUGUGCUCCAUGGGUGGCUGGUGGGUGUAUAUGAAGAAUGAAGGAAACAUUUAAUGAAGUGUGUGUAUUGUAUCAGUGUAAUGUAUCAGCUCUGAGUUGUAGUCCUAUUUAAUUAUUGUUGUUGUGUUCCUCUCCAGACCCCCAGGAUGAGAAUAAGAUCGGUAUCGACGGGAUCCAGCAGUUCUGUGAUGACCUCACCCUGGACCCGGCCAGUAGGAGUGUUCUGGUGGUGGCCUGGAAGUUCCGUGCCGCCACGCAGUGUGAGUUCAGCAGGAAGGAGUUCCUCGACGGCAUGGCCGAGCUGGGGUGAGCUAGCUUCCUGUGAUGUCAUCUUUCUGCGCCACGCAGUUGUGUUCACUGUUCAGUAGGAACCAUUUUUGAGAAAACGUUUUGAAAUGGAAAAUGAAAGCAAGUGUUAUUGAACAACUAAACAUUUUGAAACGGAGGUCAGGCAGGUACUAGCUGGACUUGUCCAAUAAGAAGGCUCCUGUGUGUGUGUGUGUGUGUGUGUGUGUGUGUGUCCUCCUAGCUGUGACAGUCCAGAGAAGCUGAAGGCUCUGCUCCCCAGACUAGAACAGGAACUCAAAGACACGGCCAAGUUUAAAGACUUCUACCAGUUCACCUUCAACUUCGCCAAGAACCCCGGACAGAAGGGACUAGGUAGGCAUUUUCCAUAGCUUUCUUGAAAAAUGCUCUGAAAGUGGGGAAAAAUAGGUUUUGGUAAAUAUUGUAUCCAGAUGGAGAGGUUUAGGCAAACCCUGGUUGGUCCAGCACUGUGUUUGAGGAGAAGGGUUUUCACCCUGGUGUAGUUUUCCUAACCCUGGCGUUGAAUUCCUCCGUGGGAACAUUGGUAGACAGCUAUGGUGGUUUGGCAUCAGCAGUGUAAUGUAGUUCUGUCUCAGUCAGUACCAACCAGGCACCAAAGGGAGGAAUGGGUUUCAGAUGGAAAACUAUGAAUUUUCCUAUCAGGUAAGUAAAGAGCUCCCCCUUCACAACACAGCCUCUAGUUUGGCUACUACUGCUCUAUGAACCCUGCUGAGGAGAGGGCCUUGAGUCUGAUAGCUAGUGUGUUGUUACUGUGUAAUAACAGGUUUACAGAUAGAUCACCUAUCACGCUAAACAGAGAUCAGGGUGCGUCUCAAAUGGAAGCCCAUUCCCUAUAUAGUCACUACUUUUGACCGGAGCCCUAUGGGCCCAGUAGGGCACUAUUUAGGUUAUAGGGUACCAUUUGAUACUCAACCCAGGGGAUUCCCUGGAUGGGACAACUUUGUUCUGGUUGUUGUUCCUGCUGGUCUGUUCUGUGUUGUUAUGACGACCAGAGUGGGUGACCCAGCUAAGUUCCUGGAACAACAGUAGCGCCCAUUGUCAAAACUCAACUGACUGUAAUGCCUCUCUCUCUCUGUAACUCUCUGUCUGACACUGUAAUGUCACUAGGGCUGUGAUGCCUCUCUCUCUGUAACUCUCUGUCUGACACUGUAAUGUCACUAGGGCUGUGAUGCCUCUCUCUCUCUGUAACUCUCUGCCUGACACUGUAAUGUCACUAGGGCUGUGAUGCCUCUCUCUCUCUGUAAUCUCUGUCUGACACUGUAGUCACUAGGGCUUUGAUGCCUCCUCUCUCUGUAACUCUCUGCCUGACACUGUAAUGUCACUCAGGCUGUGAUGCCUCUCUCUGUACUCUCUGUCUGACAACGUAAUGUCACUAGGGCUGUGAGGGCCUCUCUCUCUCUGUAACUCUCUGUCGACACUGUAAUGUCACUAGGGCUGUGAUGCCUCUCUCUCUCUGUAAACUCUCUGUCUGACACUGUAAUGUCACUAGGGCUGUGAUGCCUCUCUCUGUAACUCUCUGCUGACACGUAAUGUCACUAGGGCUGUGAUGCCUCUCUCUGUAACUCUGUCUGACACUGUAAUGUCACUAGGGCUGUGAUGCCUCUCUCUCUGUAACUCUCUGCCUGACACUGUAAUGUCACUAGGGCUGUGAUGCCUCUCUCUCUGUAACUCUCUGUCUGACACUGUAAUGUCACUAGGGCUGUGAUGCCACUCUCUCUUCUGUAACUCUCUGUCUGACACUGUAAUGUCACUAGGGCUGUGAUGCCUCUCUCUCUCUGUAACUCUCUGUCUGACACUGUAAUGUCACUAGGGCUGUGAUGCCUCUCUCUCUGUAACUCUCUGUCUGACACUGUAAUGUCACUAGGGCUGUGAUGCCUCUCUCUCUCUGUAACUCUCUGUCUGACACUGUAAUGUCACUAGGGCUGUGAUGCCUCUCUCUCUCUGUAACUCUCUGUCUGACACUGUAAUGUCACUAGGGCUGUGAUGCCUCUCUCUCUCUGUAACUCUCUGUCUGACACUGUAAUGUCACUAGGGCUGUGAUGCCUCUCUCUCUGUAACUCUCUGUCUGACACUGUAAUGUCACUAGGGCUGUGAUGCCUCUCUCUCUCUGUAACUCUCUGUCUGACACUGUAAUGGUCACUAGGGCUGUGAUGCCUCUCUCUCUCUGUAACUCUCUGUCUGACACUGUAAUGUCACUAGGGCUGUGAUGCCUCUCUCUCUCUGUAACUCUCUGUCUGACACUGUAAUGUCACUAGGGCUGUGAUGCCUCUCUCUCUCUGUAACUCUCUGUCUGACACUGUAAUGUCACUAGGGCUGUGAUGCCUCUCUCUCUCUCUCUGUAACUCUCUGCCUGACACUGUAAUGUCACUAGGGCUGUGAUGCCUCUCUCUCUCUGUAACUCUCUGCUGACACUGUAUGUCACUAUGGCUGUGAUGCCUCUCUCUCUCUCUCUGUAACUCUCUGUCUGACACUGUAAUGUCACUAGGGCUGUGAUGCCUCUCUCUCUCUGUAACUCUCUGCCUGACACUGUAAUGUCACUAGGGCUGUGAUGCCUCUCUCUCUCUGUAACUCUCUGCCUGACACUGUAAUGUCACUAGGGCUGUGAUGCCUCUCUCUCUGUAACUCUCUGCCUGACACUGUAAUGUCACUAGGGCUGUGAUGCCUCUCUCUCUCUCUCUGUAACUCUCUGCCUGACACUGUAAUGUCACUAGGGCUGUGAUGCCUCUCUCUCUCUGUAACUCUCUGCCUGACACUGUAAUGUCACUAGGGCUGUGAUGCCUCUCUCUCUCUCUCUGUAACUCUCUGUCUGACACUGUAAUGUCACUAGGGCUGUGAUGCCUCUCUCUCUCUGUAACUCUCUGCCUGACACUGUAAUGUCACUAGGGCUGUGAUGCCUCUCUCUCUCUGUAACUCUCUGCCUGACACUGUAAUGUCACUAGGGCUGUGAUGCCUCUCUCUCUCUGUAACUCUCUGCCUGACACUGUAAUGUCACUAGGGCUGUGAUGCCUCUCUCUCUCUGUAACUCUCUGCCUGACACUGUAAUGUCACUAGGGCUGUGAUGCCUCUCUCUGUAACUCUCUGCCUGACACUGUAAUGUCACUAGGGCUGUGAUGCCUCUCUCUGCCUGACACUGUAAUGUCACUAGGGCUGUGACGAUACCAGUAUGGCAAUAUUUUCCAUGGCUAAAAUGAAAACAGGAAGCAGACUAAACUCUUUGGUCCUUUAAAAACCUGCUGUAUGUAAGAUAUUGUGUUCUAUAGCUUGGAAUAUAAAGACGUGACUGGAUGACAACAUCCGUUUGGGCUGUUUUCCUGAAGAAGUGAAAUCCGCUUCCUGUUUUAUUUCCUUGCCACGAUACUAACGACUAUGAGGAGACUGGUAUUGUCCCGGCCACUAGAUGCCACCCCCUCAAUCUCUUUCUCUGUCUCUCUCUCACUCACACACUAACUCCAGCAGUCAGCAGUUAUGUUAUCAAACUAUUCAGACUCUAUGGAAACACAGAAAUACAUCAUGUCCUGUGUGUUUGACUGAAAUGCUAAAUAAGUACUGUUGUUGUUGUAGCCAACUUGCCAUGCCCAUUGAUGAUGAUGUUAUGAACCCCUCUGCUCUCUGUGUCAGACCUGGAGAUGGCUGUAGUCUACUGAUGAUGUUAUUAACCCCUCUGCUCUCUGUGUCAGACCUGGAGAUGGCUGUAGUCUACUGAUGAUGUUAUUAACCCCUCUGCUCUCUGUGUCAGACCUGGAGAUGGCUGUAGUCUACUGAUUAUGUUAUUAACCCCUCUGCUCUCUGUGUCAGACCUGGAGAUGGCUGUAGUCUACUGAUGAUGUAAUUAACCCCUCUGCUCUCUGUGUCAGACCUGGAGAUGGCUGUAGUCUACUGAUGAUGUAAUUAACCCCUCUGCUCUCUGUGUCAGACCUGGAGAUGGCUGUAGUCUACUGAUGAUGUAAUUAACCCCUCUGCUCUCUGUGUCAGACCUGGAGAUGGCUGUAGUCUACUGAUGAUGUUAUUAACCCCUCUGCUCUCUGUGUCAGACCUGGAGAUGGCUGUAGUCUACUGAUGAUGUUAUUAACCCCUCUGCUCUCUGUGUCAGACCUGGAGAUGGCUGUAGUCUACUGAUGAUGUAAUUAACCCCUCUGCUCUCUGUGUCAGACCUGGAGAUGGCUGUAGUCUACUGAUGAUGUUAUUAACCCCUCUGCUCUCUGUGUCAGACCUGGAGAUGGCUGUAGUCUACUGAUGAUGUUAUUAACCCCUCUGCUCUCUGUGUCAGACCUGGAGAUGGCUGUAGUCUACUGAUGAUGUAAUUAACCCCUCUGCUCUCUGUGUCAGACCUGGAGAUGGCUGUAGUCUACUGAUGAUGUAAUUAACCCCUCUGCUCUCUGUGUCAGACCUGGAGAUGGCUGUAGUCUACUGAUGAUGUUAUUAACCCCUCUGCUCUCUGUGUCAGACCUGGAGAUGGCUGUAGUCUACUGAUGAUGUAAUUAACCCCUCUGCUCUCUGUGUCAGACCUGGAGAUGGCUGUAGCCUACUGGAACCUGGUUCUAACAGGUCGAUUCAAGUUCCUGGACCUCUGGAACAGGUUUCUAUUGGUGAGUGGAGCCGAUGCAAGUGUGUAUUAAUGGCUAUUUCCUAAAUAAUAACUACUUUGGACCUAGGUGUUUCAUUCAUGUAUUGAUAGUCUCUGAUGAUGUCAUCUAUCUGUGUGAUUAAUGCAGGUGCGUCAUAAUCUCUGAUGAUGUCAUCUAUCUGUGUGAUUAAUGCAGGAGCAUCAUAAUCUCUGAUGAUGUCAUCUAUCUGUGUGAUUAAUGCAGGAGAAUCAUAAUCUCUGAUGAUGUCAUCUAUCUGUGUGAUUAAUGCAGGAGCAUCAUAAUCUCUGAUGAUGUCAUCUAUCUGUGUGAUUAAUGCAGGAGCAUCAUAAUCUCUGAUGAUGUCAUCUAUCUGUGUGAUUAAUGCAGGAGCAUCAUAAUCUCUGAUGAUGUCAUCUAUCUGUGUGAUUAAUGCAGGAGCAUCAUAAUCUCUGAUGAUGUCAUCUAUCUGUGUGAUUAAUGCAGGAGCAUCAUAAUCUCUGAUGAUGUCAUCUAUCUGUGUGAUUAAUGCAGGAGCAUCAUAAGCGGUCGAUCCCCAAAGACACGUGGAACCUCCUACUGGACUUUGGCAACAUGAUCGCAGACGACAUGUCCAACUACGACGAGGAAGGUGAGAUAUAACCACCUAUUAUGAAUGGGUCCCAAAUGGCACCCUUUUCCUGUGCACUACUUUUGACCAGGCCCAUAGUGCACUAUAUACGGAUUAGGGUGACAUUUGAAAUGCAGCCAAAGAUUUCUGUAGGACCAAUAAAACAUACACUGGCCCACACCCUGCCCACCCUAAGCUUAGAUCCAGGAUCAGAUUCCUCUACCCCCAAUCCAACCAUAACCACUAGGAGUAUGACUAAGAUCUGACCUGGAGUCAGCAGUUGGGGAUUGGGACUUGACUUCUACCUACUACCACGCAGCUCAAUCACUAUCAAAAUAUUUCUGCCAAUCACUAACCAUGCAGCUAAUCAUGUGACCCUUUUCUGUCCACUCAGGAGCUUGGCCUGUCCUCAUAGAUGACUUUGUGGAAUUUGCCCGGCCAAUCGUGACAGGGGGCAAGCGUAAAACCAUAUAG